AAAUAAUUUGACGACUUCGACUCCUUCCCUGAGAAGCUUUGUACAAUUCAAUAAACUCUUCGCUCUCUCUUCUUCUACAAUUAGCUUUUUCAGCACACUUCCACAUUUCUAGGGUUCUUAUAAAAUCAUCACAUUUGAACUCCUUUCAUUUGAAAAAUUCUAGAAGAUUCAUUAGGAGAGAGAGACAGGUUUGAUGACUGAAGGCAACCAAGAUAUGUUAUACGAAGACCGCUCCAAGAUUUUCAUUGGUGUUCGAUUUGUUCUUGUCGGAUUCGACCCCCUUAGAAAAGGGAAGAUUCGGUUGAAGCUUUUGGAGGGUGGUGGAGUUGAUGUAAGCGGAUAUGGACCAGAUUGCACCCAUCUUAUUGUCGAUAGUAUUGUCUAUGAUGACCCCAUAUGUUUAGCUGCUCGACAGGAUGGGAAAAUAAUUGUUACCAGCUUGUGGGUUGAGCACAGUUAUGACGUGGGAAUGCCUUUCGAUCACCAUUCUAUCAUGUACAGACCUCCAAGGGAUUUGAAUGGAAUUUCAGGUGCUAAAUCACUGGUGGUUUGCUUAACUGGAUAUCAGGGGCAAGAUCGAGAUGAUAUUAUGAAAAUGGUGGGCCUGAUGGGUGCAAACUUUUCAAAGCCAUUGGUGGCAAACAAAGUCACUCAUCUCAUAUGCUACAAAUUUGAGGGGGAUAAAUAUGAGCUUGCCAAGAAAAUGAAGACGAUAAAGUUUGUUAAUCACCACUGGUUGGAGGAUUGUUUAAGGUCUUGGGAAAUCCUUCCAGAGGAUGAUUAUGAUAAGAGUGGGUAUGAGUUGAUGAUGAUGGAAGCCGAGGCUAAAGAUUCUGAAGAAGAAAAUGAGGGCAUUGCUGCAAAUAGGCGCGGAGAGAAAAUAGCUAUCAUGCGUCCUGAUCAUUCAAAAAGUCCCAAUCAAUUCCUUGUGAAGCAGGAAGCCUCUACAAACAUUUUAGACUUAAGCACAUUUAGAGGUUUGUCAGGUCUUGGAAACACUAAGGAGCUGUCGUUAUCUGCUUCGAAGCAGUCAAAAUCUCAUCAGGUUCCAGCCUUUGAAGAAUCUCCCAAUAGGCACGCUAAGAUGCUUAAUACCAACUUGUGUAGGACAAAGGAAGAGCUGCCAUCUAGAAUUGAACAAAAUGGAAGUGAUUUUGUUUUUGUUUCAAGUAGUGCCAGGAAAUCCCCUCAUUCUUGUUCGUCCCAAGAAAUCCCAAGGAAAUUCAACCUUCUCAUGACCUCAGAACAAAUUAAGACUUAUGCAGGAAGUCCUGCUACUGCUGAAGCAGGUACAGAAUUUGAUUUCCUUAACCUGCCCUCAGAGAGGGAACAAGAGAAAAGUGAGUUAGGUGCAAAAACUUCUAAGAACUUGUCAUUUCCUGGGAAGGGUCAAAGCAGUAGACUGCCCGAGAAAAGGAAGUUGGGCAUUUCAGAUAGUAGCUUCCAGUCAUCAAGGACUGGUAAUAAUCCAGAAAGCAUACAAGAUGGUUACUUGACGGCAAAUCGUACUGAAGAGUUAGUACACACGUCAAAGUUACAUAGUCCACGCAAAAUAGGCUACUAUCUAUCAUAUAGGAACACUGCCCCUCACUAUGACAAGGGUGUAACUCUGCAUACUUAUCAUGAUUCUACUAUUUCCAAUCCUGUGACACUAAGCACUCAGCGAGGGUGUGAUGAGGAUGAACCUCAAAGUGGCACUUUUAAGAUCAUGGAGUCAAAAGGGAUUAGUCAUGCCACUGUUGAUGUUAACGGGCCAUUGGAUGAACUAUAUGAUGUCCCAUCUCCCGUUACUGAAAGAAGAGAUACCCUGAAGUCUAAUGUGCUGGCGGCGUUCGAUAAGGCUGGAGAUGAUUCAAUGUCAGGGUCUAAGCCAUUGGGGAAAAGAUCGCUUUCCAAGAAGACACCCACCUCUGAUGUUAAUGGGCCAUUAGAUGAACUGCAUGAUGUCCCUUCUCCUGUUAAUGAAAGAAGAGAUACCCUGAAGUCUAAUGUACUGGCUGAGUUUAAUAAGGCUGGAGAUGAUUCGGUGUCAGGGUCUAAACCAAUGAAGAAACGAUCGCUUUCCAAGAAGACACUGGGAUCUAGACAAAGUUUCCGUAAAGGGGAUGAUAGGAAUCAGAAAGGGUCUUUAUCCAUUAACAAGACUGCUCUGAUGUCUGAUUCAGCUGCUUCCAGCAGCGGAGGGAGAGAGGAGACAGAGCAUCAAAAUAUCUUAAGCUCUACAAACGGUGAGGUUCUCCCUGCAAAUAAUGCAGAUUCAAGCAAAGAGAAUGAGAGAAAUAAAAUUUUGGAUUCUAAAAAAGAAACUGCCAAAACAAAUGAAUCCAUAAAUGAUGAUACUGAGGCUCCUGAGGACCAAGACUAUGAGGAGUUAAAUGUUUUAAAAGAGAAGUCUACUGAUACUGAAGCGCAACGUUCUAGGCUUCGAUCAAUGGAGAUGAAAUUAAAUGUGAACAAGGUGGUAAAUCAGGAUGAUAUGGAGGAUACUGAUGUUGCAAAGAGACAAAGUACUGAAAACAACAAAUCUGAAACUCAAAAGAUUCUUUCUGACAAGAAGACCAAGUUAAGUGAAUCAACUUCUGUGGGGAAAGCUUCAGUGGAGAAAGUUCCCAGUGGCCCAUAUUAUCUGAUGAAGAAUAGCAAGAAAACUAAUCUUGCUACUAAAAGAGCUCUGGUUUCUACAGAAGUUGCAGAAGGGAAGAAGUGCAGAACAGAUGGAAAGAAGGCAGAUGCAAAAAAAGCAAAAGGGUCUCCAUCUGAAAAGGGUGAGGUUCUGCCGGCAGAUUUGAGCAAAGAGAUUGAGAGAAAUAAAAUUUUGGAGUCUGAAAAAGAAACUGCCAAAACUACUGAAUCCAUAAGUGAUGAUACUGAGGCUCCAAAGGAUCAAGAAGAUGAGGAGUUAAAUGUUCUAAGAGAGAAGUCUUCUGAUACUGAAGUGCAGCAUUCUAGGCUUCGAACAAUGGAGAAGAGAUUAAAUGUGAAUAAGUUUGUAAAUCAGAAUGAUAGGAAGGAUACUGAUGUUGCAAAGACACAAAGUAUUGAAAACAACACAUCUGAUACUCCAAAGACUCUUUCUGGCAAGAAGACCAAGUUAAGUGAAUCAACUUCUGUGGAGGCUUCAGAGGAGAAAGUUUCCAAAGGUCCAAAACAUCUGAUGAAGAAUAGCAAGAAAACUAAUCCAGCUACUAAAAGAGUUGCGGUUUCUACAGAAGGUGCAGAAAAGAAGAAGUGCAGAACUGAUAAGGCAAAUGCAAAAAAGGGAAAAGGGCCUCCAUCUGAAACAGGUAAAACCACAGUAAUUGCAACAGAGCAUCAGUCUGAGAGAUCCAUGGAUGUGGAAAAGGAGAAUAUACCUGAUAUUGGAGGCCAGAAUGCGAGUCAUAACAAACAUGGGGCUGACAGAAGUUCUCCUUACGACAAAAAACUUCGCUCAUUGCAGGUUACAAAAGUACAAAGUGAGCCAAGGUGGUUUAUAGUUAGUGGGCAUCGGCUACAAAGAAAGGAGUUUCAGCAAGUUAUCAAGCGAUUGAAAGGAAAAGUGUGCAGAGAUUCUCACCAGUGGUCAUAUCAGGCAACACAUUUCAUUGUCCCUGCUCCAUUGCGAAGAACAGAGAAAUUUUUUGCUGCUGCAUCCUCUGGAAGGUGGAUCCUCAAGACAGAUUAUUUAACUGCUUGCGUCGAGGCUGGAAAAUUCUUAGAUGAGGAGCCAUAUGAAUGGCACAGAAAGGGAUUGACUGAAGACUUAGCUAUCAACUUAGAGGCCCCAAGAAAGUGGAGACUUCUGAGGGAGAGGACUGGACAUGGCGCAUUAUAUGGGAUGAGGAUAAUCAUAUAUGGAGACUGCAUUGUACCACCAUUGGAUACAUUGAAGCGAGCAGUCAAGGCUGGAGAUGGCAUUAUAUUAGCAACUUCUCCUCCAUACAGUCGCUUCCUUGAGUCAGGUGUUGACUUUGCCAUUGUUAGUGAGGUGAUGCCACGUUGUGACAAGUGGGUUCAAGAAUUCUUAAGGCAUGAGAUACCUUGUGUGUUGCCUGAUUACUUGGUGACGUAUGUGUGCAAACCUGGUUAUCCCCUCAACAAUUAUGUACAAUACAACACUCAUGCUUGGGCAGAAAGGGUGCUGAAAAAACAUGUCAAUCGCUUGGACGAGAUUGUUGAGGAGAUGGUGCCAUCGGAUGACAAUAAGAAUGAUUUAGCAUGCCAAGUAUGCGGGUCACCUGACAGGGAGGAAGUAAUGCUGAUCUGUGGUGACGAAAGUGGCUCUCACGGAUGUGGCAUUGGCAUGCACGUAGAUUGCUGCGAUCCUCCCCUUGAAUGUGUACCAGAGGAAGACUGGUUUUGCCCAGAAUGUAGCAAGACUAGAAGCAACACAAGCAUCAAAAGGAAGUCCAAAAAUUGGACCUCUACUUCCAAGAGGAAGAAGUGAUAUUCUGCCUUUUGGUUUAGGUCUGUAUAAUAGCAGCUUCAAGUCAAGUUUGGUAUAUUUAGAUUAGUGAAUUGUACAAAAAUAACUAUUAGUACAGGAUAACUUUGAUAAGUAGGUAUGGUAGCCAUUCCUUUCCUUUUGUAGCA